GGUAUGACUUCGCGUUAAUUGAUUUUAGCAAUCGCGAACCACCAUCGUCAUCGUCGUUGUCAUCGUCAUCCGUCCUCUUCCUUUCAAGAAGAUCCGCAAGUGCCACUCCAACCCAUACUGGUAUAACUUCACUAAAAAGUAAUUCAAUUGGAGCACAUCGCUUCCCCUCUCCUCGUUCUUAUCCAACCACCACACCAUUACCGCUCGACACAGACCUUUCGCAAUGCCGCCUGGAAAACUGAGCGCCUUCGAGGCCCGGAGGCGGGAGAAUGUCGCAAACAACGCGAAGCUUCUUAAAGAUACUGCCGACCUCGGCGCUAAGAUGAAGAAGGCCGCUGCGCCACCUCCCAGACCUGUUGCGCCGCGCAAGCGGAAAACUACAGAACCUGCUGUCCGGACUCGGGUCAUGCCGGUUCGGCAGAGCGCCCGACUGGCUGGUGCCAAUGCUGAGUCUAAAGACACUUUAGUUAAGCUGGAAGACAUACCAGUCGAGUUGAAGGACAGAGAACCCAAACGGGUUCGUACGAAUGGAGACCUUCAGCUCUCCAAGCUUCAGGUCGAAGGCAAGAGAUGGUCUAAUACCGACGCACUUGUCAGCUUUGCGCAAGGAGCACAGCCUGGCGUUCGAACAUUUACCGACGAGGAUAUUAGAGAAACGAGCGAGGAAAAGCUGAAAUCUUUACGACAGGACAUGAACGAUCUGACGUUAUUUGGAGGCUGGCAGCCAAAUGAUAUUAAAAUCACACCUGAAAGAGUAUAUGCUCUUACCUUCCAUCCCAUACUAGAUAAACCUAUGGUACUCGCAGGUGAUAAGAAGGGUACUUUGGGGUUUUUUGACGGCUCUCAAGAGACACCCAACUAUCCUGAGGAUGAGGAUGAAGACUUUGAUGUCCCGUUGCCAGUAAUCGGUGCUUUUGAGGUCCACAACCGUACAAUCACGUCAAUAAAGGUCCCAAUGUUUGAUCAGAACUCCGUCAUCACAAGCUCUUACGACAGCUCAAUACGAUGUCUGGACCUAGUGUCGCAGAUUAGCACGCAGCUAUGGGCUCCUGACGCGGAUGAAGACGAACUUGGAAUUUCUUGUAUAGACAUGUCUGUCGAGGCAAAGGAUAUAAUAAUUUUCUCGACGCUCGAGGGUUCACUGGGUCGCAUCGACAGACGAGAGAAGAAAAAGGCCGAGAUCUGGGGCCUGACAGACAAUAAGAUUGGUGGCUUUUCCUUGAAUCCAUCCUUACCACAUCUUGUUGCGACAGCCUCCCUCGACCGAACUCUCAAAAUAUGGGAUCUUCGAAUGAUCAAGGGAAAGGGAGAUCUGCGACACCCUUCCCUUUUAGGCGAGCACACAUCGCGACUGUCUGUUUCCCAUGCAUCGUGGAGCAGCAGCGGUCACAUCGCCACGUCCUCGUACGACGACACGGUGAAAAUCUACGACUUUUCGGGAGCGAAAGCGUGGAAACCAGGACACGAUAUACCCGACAAGGAAAUGGAGCCCGCAGUGAAGAUUGCACAUAACAAUCAAACGGGUCGCUGGGUCACCAUACUCAAACCCAAGUGGCAGACAAAGCCCGCCGAUGGAAUUCAGAAGUUCGCCAUUGCGAACAUGAAUAGAUUUGUCGACGUUUACGAUGCCGCAGGCACCCAGCUUGCCCAAUUGGAUGGCGAGGGGAUCACUGCUGUGCCUGCUGUUGCUGAAUUCCACCCCGUGCAUAAUUGGGUCGCGGGCGCUAAUAGUAGUGGGAAGCUGUGUCUCUGGCAGUGAUGCGGUGAUGCUAGACGUGGAUGAUGCCGUAUAAUUCUUUCGUCAUCAACGAGCAAUCAAACUUUUGGUUCUUUCUGAAUGUAAUCGUAUGUAUAUAAUAUUAGCUCGGCAUGCUAAACUCUCAAGACGCUUCGCCAAGCUUUAGGUAUGAACCAUCUGUAUGUCUUGCUUGAGGAAUUUGCUCAAUAUUUACCUACCUGGGCAUCUAUAGCAUAUCCUUCGAGACUCUUUUCAUGGACAAUGACGGUUUACCGCGGGCUAUUUGGUCCAACUUUGUGAUGACUUUAUACUUCGACUGGUCAUUAAAUAAACCGGAAUUUAUGUCUGGCUUUCCAACAUGAUGAAGGAAACGACUAGGUUGUUAACAAUCCCAGAGUUUACUUACAUAUAUAAUUAGGGUAUAUAUAUGCGUGUGUUUGUAAACUCAAGAUUUCGAUAUAAGACAAAAUCAUUUGGGGAGAAAGGAGUAACCCAAAGUCAUGAAUCAGUG